AUGUACCAAUUUAGUAAAAUUAAUAGGGUUAUACCAAAAAAUAGUUUUGUUAAAGCACCACCACUCCACCCAACAUCUCUAGCAGAUAAAUUAAUAAUAAAACCACCCAAUCAACAACAACAACAACAAAAUAUUAAUAGUGUUGACGAGAUUAACGAUAAAUUUAAACAUUUAAAAAAACCAAAUUUUCCAAAUUUAAAAUCAAAUAAUAAUAAUAAUCAAUCGAAUAAUACAAAUAAUAAUAAUAGUAAUACUAAUAAUAGUAAUAGUAGUUUAUUUGAAUUUGAAUCAUCAUUUUCAUCGACAUUAUCAAACUACCCAAUCAAAAAUGUUCAAAUUUUAAGAGAAGAAUCAAAGCUUAUAAUUUUAAAAAAUAAAUCAUUAUUAAGUGAGGGAAAAAUCAAUAUAGUUAUAAAUAAUUUUCAAAAAUUAAUUCAACAACAACAAUCACAACCAACUGCAACCACAACCGAAGAACAACAAAAAGUCAUUGAUGAGCUAUUUUCAUUAAUUUUAUUAAAUACCUUAUCAUCCAAUCAAACAAAAGAAUUAAAUAUAACCAUAGAGUUCUUCAAGAACUAUAUAUGCCAAUCAAAUUUUAAUAAUUAUUUAUCUUCAUAUAAUUUUAUCCAGUUUAUAAGGGAGCUAUAUAAAAAAUCAAUCAACGAUAUAACAAUAGUAAAUAAGGUUUAUAAAAUACUAUUUGAUUCAAAAUUAGUAGAUAUUAGAAUCAAUUUUAUAUUUGCAACUUUUUAUUUAGAAACCAAAAAUGAACUUUUAUCAAUAAAUUUAUUUAAAAAUAAUUUUAAAAAAUUAAAUAAUAGUAAUAAUAAUAACACUAAUAAUAAUAAUAAUAAUAAUAAUAACUAUCAAAAUAUAGACAAUAACAAAAAUAUUAAUAAUAAUAAUAAUAAUAUUAAUAAUAGUAUUAAUAAUAAUUGCGAUAUAAUUAAAAUUAAUAAUAUUAAAAAUAAUAUUUAUAAAAUCGAAAAUUUAAAUUUAAUUUGGGAUUUCAAUAGUAAUAAUCAAAUAUUAUUUUUAAAUGAACCAAUAAUUCAAUUUAAUUUUAAAUCAAAAGAAUAUUUAGAACAAUUAGAUUGGGUAAACAAAUUAUUUUCAGUUUCAUCAAAAGGAAAUCAUUUUAAAUUUUAUCAAUUAAUUUAUGAACUUUUUAUUCCAAAUGGUAUUAUCAAUUCAACAUCAGUAGUCCCAUCAUUUACUAAUCAUCUAUAUCAAUGUCUAAUCAAUGGUGAAUUUAAACUUUUCAAGAAAAUGAUCGAUAUAUACAAGAAAAAGACAACAGAUGUUGACCUAUCGUCCAAUACCGAUACUAUUAGUAAAGAAGAUACUUUAAAAGCUCAAAUUGUUGGUUUAAUUUAUUUCUAUUGCUAUUUCAAUCAACGUAUGAAUGAAUUAAAAGAUCAAAUCUACUACUCUUUCAUCAGCGAUAGCGAAAAUGAUGUCAAGUAUUUUUGUGAAAACAACUAUACCCGUUUCAAGGAAGUCCUCUUCAAUACCUUUAUAACAUGCUCGUUAGAAAUUGGUAAAUAUGGCGAAGCUCUUAGAUUCUCUGAUAUCAAAAAAAGUAUUAUAAUGAAUGAAGAUGAAAACCAAAAACAUUAUACCGUUGGUUUUAGAGAUGACUUUUAUUCUCCAUUCAUCAAUUUCCAUGCAUUCAAAAAAGAUAAGACCUCAGAACAUUUUUGGAUUUCCAAAGGAAAAAGUUCAAUUAAAAUCAAUUUACCAACUCAAAGAUGUACCUAUAGAUAUAACUCAUCCCAAUUAAUUGAAGAAACAGAUAGACUAAGCAAUCACAAAACUUAUAUUUCCCAAAAAUCAAACUAUCAAAAUUAUUAUAGCCAAUUAAAAUCAAUUUAUGAAAACAAUACAAUCUUAAAAAAAGAAACAAAAUUUGGUACAAUAAUUGAGGAAGAUAAUAAUUUUGUUAAAACCUUUACAUCAUAUUUAUUUAUGAUUGAUAAGGAAAUUAUAAAUAAUUUAAAAUUUUUACAUAAUAUAAACGAAACUGAACAACCCAUAGAACAACCAAACUAUCAAUAUUCAAAUGCUCAAAUUAAUAACAAUGAUAACAACAAUAACAAUUAUAAUCAACUAAGUGAAAUUAAUAACAAUAAUAUGAAUAAAAAUUUUAAUAAUAACAAAUAUUUUGAUAUAAAUAACUAUAACAAUAAUAAAAACAACUUUAUAAUUAAUUUAAUUUAUAAUAAUAAUAAUAACAACAUCUAUAAUAAUUUAAAUUAUGAUAUCAAAACAAAUUCAGUUUUAAAUCCAGAUAAUAAUAAUUAUUUUUACUAUGAUUUACCACAUUCAAAUUUAUUUAUUAAAUCAAUUCAAAGAUUAAAGAAUCAUUUUAACAAGAAAGAAAAGAAGUCAGAUUAUUUAUUAUUUAUUUCAAAACUUAGCAAGCCACUUCAAGAUUUAAUAAAUUCGGGUCUUAAUGAAUGGUUUGAUUUUCUUUACAUUCAAAAGUCAGAUUUAAAGUUAAUGAAGAAACUUUUACCACAAAAUGUUUACCUUUCAAACGAUUUCUACAACUUUUGGCUUCAAACCAUUUCUUCUUACAACGAUUUCAAUACCUUAACACCUUGCAUGGAGUUAUUAGAAUUUAUGUUAAAAACAAAUAUCCCAAUUUAUCAAAGAUCAAUUAAAUCAUUUUCAUUUUUAUUAUUUCAAAAUACCCAACCAUUAACCGAAAAACACUUAAAGCUAAUCUACGAAAUAUCCUCUCCAUCAAAUAACAAUUUAAUUGGUGAUGCUUUGGAUGACUUAAAGUUAAAACUAAAAUUCUAUCCAACCAAUUGCUUUGAUGAGUUUAAUCUAUACCUACAAGAUAAAGAAGUUUUCAAUGUUCUUAACUCCAUUUUAAAUAGUAAAUAUCUAUCAAGAAAUCUUAUUGAGCUCUAUGUAAACUUAGCAAGUAGAGCCUAUCCAAUCAAGGAAAAUAUUAAAAACUUUUGUAAAUGGGAAUUGGUAUUCAUUAAAUUUAGCACUCACGAAACAAGUAAAGAGGAACUUUUAGUUAAUCAAAAAGCUUAUGUUUUUUCAGUUUGUUCAUCACUCAUACGUUCAAGUAUGACCAAGUUCUUAAAAGAAUUUAUUUAUAGAUAUUCAAAUGUUUUCGGCUUAUUACACCAAAAGAAAAUUAUAGAUAUCACAUCACACCUUGAAAUCAGUGACCAAGCUUACUUAAUUCAAAAUCUUGUUAAACCACAAAACAAAUAUUACACCUAUUUUGUAGACUUUAUUAAAAAAUUAAAAUCAAAAAUCGAUAAUCCUCUUAAUUUUCCAAUCUUUGAUCAAAUUAUUUCAAAAGAAAUUCCUUAUACAAAUAACGAUUUAAAUAAUUUUGUUAAAAACUUUUCAAUUAUUUAUUAUCCAAAAUAA